GUGGAGAAGCAAGAAAGUAACUUCCUUAACUGAAACUUUCAUCGCAUUUUGGGGUCAAACCCUAAAACACAAAUCUCGUUUUCCAUAUCUACAUUCAUUCAUACUGGUCUACACUUCACUCAAUUCUACUCCGUAUGGAUACGUACAUAUAUACGUCGAUAUAUACAUCACAUGCAAACACGUUCAGCCAUUAUUGACUCAAGAGUCCUGAGGAUCUGGAGAAAACAGAAAGUCACGCCAAAAGUCCCUUUCAUUCCGUUAUAAACUUCGAAAGGGACAUUUGGAGGAAAGACCUUGGAUUGAAUGUGGGGGUUUUGUUGUAAUUUAGUGGUCCCAUCAGGGUAAUUUCACCCAUUGGACAGUUAAAAACAAGAAUUGGACAAAAAGCAAAAUGCCACCAGCAAGCAAAGCUGAUAAGAAAGCUGCAGUUGAUGCAGCUGCAUGGAUGUUUAAUGUAGUCACUUCAGUUGGGAUCAUUAUUGUCAAUAAGGCAUUAAUGGCUACUUAUGGCUUCAGCUUUGCUACAACGUUAACCGGCUUGCAUUUUGCUACCACAACGUUGAUGACGGCUGUUCUUAGGUGGCUGGGCUAUAUCCAAGCUUCUCAUCUACCCUAUCCUGAGCUUCUAAAAUUUGUAGUAUUUGCAAAUUUCUCUAUUGUUGGGAUGAAUGUCAGCUUAAUGUGGAAUUCGGUGGGAUUUUACCAGAUUGCUAAGUUGACUAUGAUCCCUGUAUCCUGCUUAUUGGAGAUUAUGUUUGAUAAGAUCCGAUAUUCAAGAGACACAAAGCUUAGCAUCUUGGUUGUUCUCCUUGGCGUUGCAGUGUGUACAGUUACUGAUGUGAGUGUUAAUGCCAAAGGAUUCAUUGCUGCGUUUAUUGCAGUCUGGAGUACGUCUUUGCAACAGUAUUAUGUUCAUUUUCUUCAGAGGAAGUAUUCGCUUACUUCGUUCAAUCUACUGGGGCACACUGCACCAGCCCAGGCUGCAUCACUAUUGCUGUUAGGUCCCUUCCUGGAUUAUUGGUUAACAAACAAGAGAAUCGACGCUUUUAACUUUAACGUACCAUCUGUGAUCUUCAUGAUCCUCUCAUGUACAAUUGCCGUGGGAACAAAUCUCAGUCAGUUCAUCUGCAUAGGCAGAUUUACUGCUGUUUCAUUCCAAGUCCUUGGUCAUAUGAAGACUAUCCUUGUACUGAUCCUCGGUUUCUUAUUUUUUGGAAAAGAGGGUCUAAAUUUACAAGUAGUUCUUGGCAUGGUAAUUGCCGUUGUUGGAAUGAUCUGGUAUGGCAAUGCCUCAUCAAAACCUGGGGGGAAGGAACGGCGCAGUCAUUCAAUUUCUAGAAUUAGUCAGCAAAAGCAUGGAGGACUGUCAGAAUCUUCCGAAGCUGAUGAAAAGGUAUAGUACUUUCUGCAGUUGAAGUUUAGCAUACUAAAAAUAGCUGAUACUGGGAUAUUCUAUAAUCGGUCUGACUCUAGAUACAGUGCAGUUCCCAAAACAAUUUUUAGUAGAGUGCCAAGGAUUUUGUAACAUUUCUAAGGAUAUUUGGUUUAAGGAUUAAAAUCGCCCUGAUACUUGGGUCUGGCACUUUGAUCAUAAUUUAUAGUGACAAAUCAAUUCCAGUUGCCGCCUGCUCAUAAUAAUUAAUUUUCACUGAGUUCACUGUAUUUUGCUAUGUAUCUAAGGGAUUGUCUGUUACAGGGACAUUGGUAUUUUGUGUAGUAUGUCGUUUUCUUGUUCAGCCUGUUGUGUUGUUAUGUAUAAGUAGAGGGAGAGACAGAGACAAAGAGAGAGAGUUCAUAUUGUAAUGUAUACAAACCAAAAGAGAUGUUGGUGCUAUGAAUUUAUGCUACUUCACAUG